GUUAAAUGAUGCAAGGCAGUUGCGGCCACACUAUCAAUGGAUUCCAUAUUCAGAAACUCCACAAAUAGACACCGAAAUAUACGCUUAUGGCGAACGAACUCAUUAAGAAGUUUGCAUAAAGUGAACCGCAAUGAAUCGUUGGCUCUCGUUUCAGCACCACCGACUAGGACAAAAAGGAAUAAUAAAAGUUGGAAUACAAUUGUAACGAUAAUUCUUGUGGAAGCCAAAAGUCUUCCUCCACAUCCAGACGAUGGGGCAUCACACAAUGUUUAUUGUAAAUUUAAACUUGGUUCAGAGAAAUACAAAUCUAAAAGCGUGCCGAGCAGCCAACAUCCAGAAUGGAGAGAACGUUUCCAAUUACAUCUAUACCAAGACUAUGUCUUGAACAUAUCGUUACGUGAUAAAGGAAGAAUGAAAAAUGAUAUGGGAAGCUGUGAUUUAGAUCUAUCAAACUACGAAAAGGAGAGGAGUCACGAAAUCUGGCACGAGUUGGACCAUGGUUAUGGAGCCAUUCAUAUUUCACUCACCAUGUGUGACAUCAAGUCUUCUGGGAAUGAAGAAUCAGAUAACUGUUUUAAUAGACACGGUAUACUCACUCUGCCUAACGACUGGAACGUAGUAGGAUUAUUACAUGUUAACGUAAUUUGCGCCAAGGGACUUACAAGCAAACCAAAUGCUUAUUGCACCUUGCAAAUUGACAAUGAAAAGGUCGAGACACAUAGAGCAGGUUCGAGCAUUGAGCCGAGAUGGAACAAAUGCUAUAUUUUUAAAAUCUACGAUGUUACAUCAACGUUGGAUUUUAAAAUUUACGACAAUUCAGUCACUAACGUACUAAAUGAUUCGUUGGGUAAGGUUUCCAUACCGUUAUUGAGGAUAAAUAGCGGCAUGACGAGGUGGUACGCCCUCAAAGACAAGAGCAAACGGAACAAUGCUAGAGGAAACUGUCCCAGGGUGCUCCUGAAAAUGGACAUGGCUUGGAAUCCAUUGAAAGCUACUCUCAAACUAUUUCAAGCCAAAGAGACACAACACCUGAAGAAACCUGAGAAAUUUGACUUCGCUCUUAUAUACAGCAAUAUGAAAUUUGUGUCUAACCUUUUGGUCUUCACCGAAGAUGUCAACGAAUAUUACAAGCGUUUAUUCGAGUGGGAGGACAAGGAGUUUUCAUUCUUCGUCCUAAUAGUCUAUGAACUAUUCUGUUUCUAUCUUCGUCUAUGGGCGGUACCUCUUAUUAUAUUACUACCUUUUUUCUACUAUAGAAUAUUCAGCAGAUACCGAGAUAAUAUUUAUGUUACUAAUGAUUGCUCAAGCGAUGAUGGAUUAGAGAAGGAAGGAAAUCCAUUCAAGACCAAGUUUCAAGAAAUCCACUCAAUGACGUUCACAAUUAAAAAUGGUAUAGAAUUUAUUAAUUCGUAUGGCGAAAGAAUAUUCAACCUCGUGUCGUUCAAAGUCCCGUUCCUGAGCUAUGUCGUCAUGUUGCUACUGAUAAUUGCAUCCUUUGUUCUAUAUUCGAUACCAUUCAACUAUGUUUUGAUGGGAUUAGGUAUAUAUAAAUUCGGCAGAAAGUAUCUGCACCCGGACAGAGUAUUAAACAACGACUUGGUUGAUUUCCUUUCUAGAGUACCGGAUAACGAGAUAUUGAAAGAUUGGAAGGAAUUAGGCGUACCCGAACCGAGCUUAGAAUACACAGAGAGCUCUAUCAAGAGAUCCCAGAGUACCUCAAUUUGAGGUAUCAAUAAUUUACAACUGUUUAUUUAUUAUAUAAAUAAAAAAAAUAUAUUAACAUAAACAAGAUUCACAUCAUUCAACGCCUUAUUCUUUGCGAUUAAUAAAAAAAAAUAUAUAUUUUUAAAUAAGGAACAUAAAUAUCAUAUAACAAAUUAUAAUUGUGAUUACAUCUAUACUAUGACACUGUAAAAAUAUCACAAUAGCACCAACUAUGUAACGACAUGUUUCUUGAAUUAAUGGAAUGUUUCCUUCCACGCAACAUCAGUAUGCUUAGUACAAGUUUGCAUCGUCAUAUGUACAACAUACGAAGCGUUUCCCUUUUCUAGUUCGUUAAACUACUGAAAACCUGUUAACGCGUGGACUUGGACUAAGCAUCCUGGUAUGGCACUGAAACGCUACUAAACGCCAUCUUUUCUGUACCGAA